UUCGGUUAUUUCUACCCGGAGACAUUUAAGCUUCCCACCGGUUACGUUUGUUGAUCGUACACCGCUAGCUCGCUUCCUGUUGUCACAAAGUGUAGUCCAGGUUAAACAAGUGGAUGUUUAUGAUUGGAAAAUGUUCGCAGCGGGUUUGAAGUGUCCGGGCUGCGGCUCCUCCAAUAUAGUGGACGAUGACCUCUACUGCCAAGCCCAGCUGGUGUGCGUGGACUGCGGCUCGGUGGUGUCUGAGGGGACCCUGGCCGAUGACCCGGUGGGGGGUACAGAUGUCAGCUACAGCAGGACCACAGCAGUGACAAAAAAGCCCUGCCUCAAUCUGAUAAAAGGUCUGGAGCGCGUGAAAGAAAUGUGUCGGAUUCUCCGGCUCAACAGUGAAAUAGAGGAUCUGGCGUUGACGUAUUUCAGGCAGGCCUACCAGCAGGAGAGCUUCAUCAACGUGACCCUCCAGAAGAAGGAGGUGCUUGCUGGCUGCUGCGUGUACGUGAGCUGCAGGCAGCGGGACUGGCCGAUCACUUUGGGAACCAUCAGCAGCCUCCUGGAUGCUGACCCGACGCUGGUGGGAGGCGUUUACCAGGAAAUGAUCAAGAUCCUGAACAUCCAGGCUCCGUUUGUCAGUAUCGCAGAUGUCAUAGAAGCGCAUGUUCAGGAAUACAAAAUAAGUGCACAACACGUUGCUAAAGAGCUGGCGGAGGAUUCCAAGGUGUUGACCAAACGAGCCGUGGCGUUGGUGGAGUUGGCAGGAGAUUCCUGGAUCGUGACCGGACGACGGCCCCUACCCAUCAUGAUGGCGGCAACGUAUUUGGCCUGGCAGUCUUUGAACCCCAACAAACAUCGCCUCAAGCUCUCCCUCGACAAAUUCUGUCACCUGGCCAAAGUGCAAAAGCGCAAACCGGCUGUAAUGAGAAUAACAGAGCUGAAGGAAGUGCUAUGUAAGCUCGGACGGGAACUUCCCUGGGUCAGGGAAACGGUGACUCAGGACUACGUUGUUCGGCUGGUGGGGGAUAUUCUAGAGCACCGGCACACACUGCUUACUCGGGCUCUGAGAACCCAUGAGACGGCGAUGCAAGCUGAUUGCCCUCAGGCCAGCGCUUUGAACUCUCCAACAGAGGAGGUGGCGCCGUCCCAAUGCUCUGAGAGCAGGGAUCAGACUGCAGACGCUUCCUCUGCACUGCAACUCUGUCCCACUGACAGAACGGAAAACCAAGAAGAAGAGGACUCUCACCAGACUGAAGACCCGGAACCAAACUGGGGUAAAAGGGUCCUGUUUGCUCCUCCCUGUGUGGUUCAUGCCAAGAGGAGGAGAGCGGAGCCGCCGCCUGUGCAGAACGUUACCGGCGAUGAGGAAAUCUCCGACAGCGAGAUCGAUUCGUACAUCCGCACUCCACAAGAAGCUCGAGCCUUUGCCCUGAUGCAGAAGGCGGUGUCCUCCUCUGGCAGUGGGAACUCAUAGCUAAAUGACACUUGUUUAAUUAAGAAUGAACCUUUUGUUGUUUUUUUGUUUUUUUUUGAAGGAUGUUUAAUUGUUAAAAGAUUUUACAAAAACUGUUUUUGCAUUUCUGAUUCAUUACUACUGCCGUUUUCCUGCUUGUUUCAGAGUCUGGGAUUGUUUUUUUGACUAUUUUGUUUAAAAUGUAUGUUGCUUGACAUUGCACAAAUUAAUAGUUGAAAAGGAACUUUCAUAUAGAUGUGAGCCUUAAUAUUUUUUAAUGUCCGGGUGACUUAUGAUUUGUCUGCACGAAUAAUUUUACUCCAUAAAAUGUAUAUUUCCUGCAAUUAUUAUGCAACACAGUAAGAGUUUUAACUUAAACAAGCUUUUCCUCUCAAGAAUUUAUAAGAAUUGCUAAUUUAAAAUGAUUGAUGCCACAUUGCACACUAUGACUGUAGUUAAUAUUGCAGUAUAAUGUAUGUAAAAUCACAUUUAGCUGCAAAUGCACGAAAAUCAAGUCAAACAACACAGUUAAAAUGUUCUCAUAAAGUCCAUAAAUCCCUCAUCAGGACCUUCCUGGAAACUGAAAUAUGAAUCAGAAUAAUUAUUUAGCGAUACACAGAAAUGUUAUCAUAAGUGGAGAAGGAGGACAUAUUCUUUUUGUGUUCGCUAAAUUUAAAUUCACAGCAACCACACAAAAAAAUUGACAGGUCUGACAGAGCGCCGUUUCCUCCAUCUGAAUUCAUUUGUUUUCUGCACUGUUUCAUAACUCCGCCGAGAGAACCAAACCAUUCAGCUGAUUCAGUCUAAAUGAAGCAGGGUAGCGAUUUGAAUACCAUCAGUCACAGUUUUCCUCAAUUUGAAGCAAGUUCCAACUCUGUGCUUCAUAAAAAAACAGAGCCGGGUUUGAAACAUCAGAGCCUUGGAAUCGGAGGAUUUUGGACGUUCUGCGGUUCCUGACUCUAAAGAAACCUGAUCUUGCAUGUUAGACAAGCCCAGUUUGUUGAAGAGAAAACAAGAUGAGCUCCAAACAUAUCCUCUGGUUCUAUAAUAAUUUGCUUUCAGAAUUAUAUUUUGAAAAGUUAUUUUUGAACUCUCAUACAAAAACUAGGUUCUUUUCAGAGAAUCUAAAGCUUCUUUCUUUUUUUUAUUGGCUGUGAUCAGGUUAAGAUGCCUUCAGGGUGACCCACAAAAAUCAGAUUUUACAAGAGCACAGUUCUUUAGUGCAUUUGGGAGUAAUUAUCUCAUUUUCUCUUCAUCUGCCACAGGAUAUUGAACAUUUCUUUAGAAACUCCUAUUGCUCAAAGCCAAACUGAAGCAUAUUAAACCACAGAGGAUUGAGUUAAUAAUCAGCACAUUAAUUCCUGACAACCUUGUGUAAUAAUGAAGUCCAAAGCGAUGAGGGAAAGCUGGAAUAUAUCAACCUGAAUGGGGACAUUUCAAGGUGAAGGACUGAGUGUUUAAAGAAUAGUGAAGGAAAAGCGGCGUUACAGAGUUCAUUGUUUGCUGUUUUACUACAGAUUAUUAUACAAAGAUCAUCUUUAAAUUUCUUUGGAUUCAGAAGUUUGUGUACAUUUCUUUAAAAUUUAGUGGAAUUGCUUUUUUUACUUCGCAUUCUGGGUCAAGCAUUUCUGGUGUCCUCCAACUCAACCUUUUCAACUCUGACCACAGAUUUUUUAUCAGACUAGGAUCAGAACUUUGUGAUGGCCACUCAGUUUCCAUUUGGGAAACCCAUUUGAGCUUGAGUUUGAACUUCUUUCCUAAUGUUUGAUAAGUUUUAAAUUUGACCACACAUUUUAAUUUAAUUAGUCAUUUUUCAAAUACAUUUUCAGUAACUAUAAUCAGCAAAAAUAUUAAAUCAUACAGAAAGGCCUGUUCACUUCCUCCUGCAACUUAAAAUGAAAAUUAUUUCAUCACACCCAGGAAAUAUUUUCACUCGAAUUGAAUGUUAAUAGUUACAAAUAACUAGUCUCAUCUUUUCCUGCGACUGAAAUGAAUUCUGAAUGGUUUUCAGGUUCAAUUUUGAAGUUUAGUUUAAGUCUGUUUUUUUAUGUGACUGAGUUGCUGCUGAAAUAUUUUAGUCGCAAUUUAAUUUCAAUAACUUCAUCUUGAAGCUUGGAUAAUAUGAGUUACAACAACAUUUCAUCUCCCUUUAGGAGUAAUAAAGCACUUUCAAAUUGAA